UGGCGUGCCGGUAACGGCUGCAGCCUGCCACCUUGCUGAGCGCUUUUCAACUUUCCUAUAUAAUUAUGUAACUCAGGGAAGUUCAAAGUUGAAAUGUGUUGUUUUCUUUCUGGCAGUGGCUGAGUGAGGCAAGUGGCAACGCGGGGGUGGCUCAGCGCGUCGCGUCUCGUCUCAGUCACGUAUCACACAUCCUGGGCGUGCGUGGGGUGUUGUGGCAGGGGAAGCAGCAGAGAGGCAAACAGCGUGAAGGAAGACCAGACAGAGGCAGGCAGCUUCAAAGAAGACCACCAAAACAGAGGCAGGAACCCUCAACCAAGGUUACCUCAGAGCAACACACGCCCCACAUCCCACCAUGGCAUCCAAUCCACAUCACCACGUGGAGAAAUUUCUUGAGGCAAUUAAACACCAACCAACAGCGGAGCUGGUCACUGCUGUAGAAGAAGGAGACGAGGCAGGGGUGAGGUCAGCACUUGACCGGGGUGCCCGGCCCGAGGUCACCGUCCCCAAUAUUGCUGGGGUGUCAUGGAGUCUGCUGAAUCUGGCUGCCAGCAAGGGCCACGAGCACCUGCUGUCUCACUUACUGCAGGCGGGAUUAAGCAUAGAAGGUGGAGGCACCACUGAAGAGACACCGCUGAUGAUGGCUGCCCUCGGUGGCCACGCCCAUACAGUGAAGGCGCUGCUGGACCUCCGUGGUAACCCUCUGGCCAUGGAUAGUAGAGGAAGGACAGCCCUACACUUUGCUGCAAUGGAGGGCCACCAGCAGUGUGUGGCGUCCCUCUUGCCCGUCACCCCUCCCACUCCCGCACACCUCGAGGCACACACCCCGGUGCACUUCGCCAGUUAUCGUGGCCACGUGGAGGUACUGGAGCAGCUGGCAGGUGCUGGCUGGCCCCUCACCGCCAGGGACAGUUAUGGCAACACACCCAUGCACCAUGCUGCAGCCGGGGGUAGAGUGACAUGUGUGCAGUGGCUGGUGCAGCGAGGGGGUGACGCAAGCAUGCAAAAUAAUGCUGGACUCACCCCGCUUGACGAGGAGCUGGUCACUGCUGUAAUGGAAGGAGACGAGGCAGGGGUGAGGUCAGCACUUGACAGGGGUGCCCGGCCCGAGGUCACCCUCCCCACUAUUGCUGGGGUGUCAUGCAGUCUGCUGGGUUUGGCUGCCAGCGAGGGCCACGAGCACCUGCUGUCUCACUUACUGCAGGCGGGGUUAAGCAUCGAAGGUGGAGGCACCACUGACAGGACACCGCUGAUGAUGGCUGCCCUCCGUGGCCACGCCCAUACAGUGAAGGCGCUGCUGGACCUCCGUGGUAACCCUCUGGCCAUGGAUAGUGAAGGAAGGACAGCCCUACACUUUGCUGCAUGGAAGGGCCACCGGCAGUGUGUGGCGGCCCUCUUGCCCGUCACCCCUCCCACUCCCGCACACCUCGAGGCAAACAUCCCGGUGCAUGCCGCCAGUCAUCGUGGCCACGUAAAUGUACUGGAGCAGCUGGCAGGUGCUGGCUGGCCCCUCACCGCCAGGAACAGUGAUGGCAUCACACCCAUGCACCUUGCUGCGUUGGGGGGAUGUGCAGCAGCUGUGCAGUGGCUGGUGCAGAGAGGUUGUGACCCACACGUGCAAUCGAAGGCUGGGCUCACCCCGCUGGAGUUGGCCGUGCAGCGUGGCCGCCACGAGGUGGAGUCCUGGCUGGUUAAAAAUUGCAGCGGUGUUGUGAGGAGGAAGACUCUGCGUGUGCAGCAAGUGAGGGAGUGGCGGGGCAGGCAUGAAUACCACCACAACACAGUCUUGUCCAUGCUGGUGAAGGGCAACAAGGCAGUCAUGGCCAACAUCCCCGAGCUUUAUGAUGGUCACACGCUGAGCCAGGAUGGCCUGACGCCUCUCCACGCCGCGGCACUGUGCGGGGCUCCCAGUGCUGCUGUGGAGGCUUUGCUGCAACGCGGAGUGAGCCCUCAUGUGACCACCCCUGACAACAUGACCCCCGCUGACCUGGCACGGCAGCAAGGCCAAGACUCAGUGAUUAAGGGACUACAGCGCCACCACUGUGUACAGAGCUACGAGUACAAGCUUCCUGAAGAACUGCAUGAGGAGCUGCUAUCAACAGUUAGUCGCCGGGACGACGUUCAGGCGGUGUCCACCCUCAUAUGUAAGGGCGCGCCCAUAGAGCUCCUGGGUGGCCUUUCUGUCCUCAGACUGGCUGUCACCACUGACCGCAUAAACACCGUCAGCCUGCUGCUGGCUAGCGGUGCACCGCUGCCUGCCAGCCUGCUGCAGGAGGCUUGGCAGAGCCCCGACGUGACUCACAGGGUGCUGGCCUUCCUCACCACCGCCUACUGCUGCCGGCUGCGUGCAGAGCAGCGUCGCCUGGAAAAGGUCAGCAGCGCCCUUGUCGAGGGCAUCGACAAUCUAGUGACAACCAUCGAGGGAAAUACUCCCUGGCAGGCAGCCUGGCGAUGGGGAAAGGAGACUGACCGGCCAGCACUGAGCGACCUCCUGGCAAAGGCAGCGGCUGCCAACUGCCCCGUGACUGCCGCCUUCCUGCAUAUGGCAGGAGGGUGGACAGUCUUUAAUGGAGCCUCUGGUGGCACUGCCCUCCACGCUGCCCUGGAGGCUGGCCACAAAGGCAUAGCCGAACUGCUGAUCAGGGACCUUGGGGGCUGCCCGUACGUGCUGGACACACAUGGUCGCCUUGCGGUGCACAUGAUGCCUCACGAGGAGCAACAGAGGCUGGAGCAGAAGCUCUUUAUGGCGGAGCGUGAAAAACUGAAGGAUAUGGAGCUUCGCUUGAAGGCAGAUCACGAGAAGACCGCAGCACGGACAGCGCUGUGUAUACAGGAGGAUCUUUUUGAGAGCCACAAGAAGGGCGAGGGUAAGAAUGUCUCUUUACCUGAUGGCCACGCUGCCCUGCUGCUGGCCUCGCGCAAAGGUCUCCUGCAGCUGACUCAUCUUAUACUGCAAGAGGGUCACUUCCCUGUGGACGAGGUGCUGGACCACACCUGCGGCACCACCGCCCUCCACCAGGCGGCCUCGCACGGCCAGGACGGCUGCGUGGCGCUGCUGCUGAGCGCUGGUGCCAACCCACAGCAGCGUGACACGUAUGGCCAUACACCCCGUCACCUGGCCGCCAUGUUUGGCAACAAAAGUACUUUUGAACUCCUGGCUCACCAAGAGUCGCAGGACCCUCCUUGCCGCUGGGGCAUCACGAGCACACAGGUGAGAGAAAAUUUUAAAGUGUUUCACAAUAUGUAUUAUAAAUAUAAGCGUAAUCUAUUAGACCCAAUCGACCGAUGUGACCCGGAAAGCGUCAUAAGAAAUCUUGUGAGAUCCAUAGGCCUGCAAGAGUUGCAGGAGGAGGCUCAGCGGGUGGUUGUGGAUCUAUCAAAGGGCGAGACCCUUGAGGUAAAGGAGGCGGUCAUGGCAGAAAUAAGCAUCAUCAUGAAUAAGGUGUCAGCCGCUGAUGCCACGUACCGCGGCGACCUGAGGCUGGCGGGCAGUUCUCAGGACGGGUCUAAGCUUUACGCCCCUGACGAAUUUGAUAUAAACCUCGUGAUUCACAAGGAUGACGUAGGAAUAACUGUUAGCGAGAGAGGGAAGGAGGAAGCCCUGCUGAAGGGCAGGUUACAGAUUUCUGUGAAGACUGACAAUCCCCACCUUGAGGGUAAUAGAUUUAUGGCCAGUUUGUACGAGGAGGUGCACCGGUGCCUCGCUGGCCACACCUUGCAGGACAAAAGACUGAGCUUGGUGCCGCCGGGCCUGACCAGCACGCAAGUGGGCGUGGGACUCUCUCUGGCCUGGCAGGGGCGAGAGUAUCCACUGUUGCUGGUCGGCGUGGACCUGGUGCCAGUGCUUGAGGUGCCAUGGCUGGAGCAAGUUUUCAGACCGUUCCUCACUCCUGAGGACACCACCACCAUGCAGCUCAGUAAUGCUGCUGAUGGAACAUGGCGCUGCAGCUUUGCCUUGACAGAGGCUGAGGUGCUGGGGACGUUGACGCCCGCAGAGCGCCAGGUGCAGCUGAUGGGAAAAGUACUUCUUUCCCGCCUCAAGCCCGAGCGCUGGAUGCCUCGGCACAAAAAGAGCUUUUUCAAAUGGUUCGCCACACGGGAGUGGAACAUCGCGGUGCCAAGCGGGUUCUGUUUCAAGAACGCCCUCCUGCGGUGGCUGGAGCACAGGCGGUCGAGGGAGGUAGAGCUUGGGGCUGGCCAGGAGCACGACCACACCAAGGAGUUGGGGGCUGGACAGGUGCAGGACCACACCAAGGAGUUGGGGACUGGACAGGUGCAGGACCACACCAAGGAGUUGGGGGCUGGACAGGUGCAGGACCACACCAAGGAGUUGGGGGCUGGACAGGAGAGGGACCACACCAAGGAGUUGGAGGUUGGACAGGAGGGGGACCACACCAAGGAGUUAGGGGCUGGACAGGAGGGGGACCACACCAAGGAGUUGGGGGCUGGACAAGAGGGGGACCAUACCAAGGAGUUGGGGGCUGGAAAGGAGAAGGACCACACCAAGGAGUUGGGGGCUGGACAGGAGGGGGACCAUACAAAGGAGUUGGAGGGUGAACGGAAGGGUGACCACGCCAAGUGGUUGGAGCCGGGGCGGGAGGGGGACCCCGCCAGAUGGCUGGUGGAGGUGUUCAGAUUGAUGUGUGCGAACCCAGAAGAGACACGAGAGAACCUGACAACUCAAAACAGCUCCGCCUACUUUGGAGGAGACUGUGAGGGGCGGAAGCCUGGGGACGGGGCGCCCAUCAUCGUGCAGUGCCUGGAGGAGGACCUCUGCCAAGACAACCAGGCGGCGGCGACGAAAGUAUUAGAUGCAGAAGAUGCAGACCCUUGUAAUCAUUAGCUGUGAGCUCCACCACGCGUCGGAAGACCUCCUACAGCCCCCCCAACACACACACACACACACACACACACACACAGGAACGCAAGUGCUUGGUGCUCGAUUUUCAGAUUCAGUAGUUUAUAUAGCCAAUUAGUUGUGGACUCGAUAUAAAGAGAAAUAUAUAUUUUCAUGUCGCGAGCCUAGUGAGAGAAGAUACUCUGUUAAUAGGCUCUCAUCUGUGUGCACUUGUUGGAGCCUGUAAUACUGCAGGUUGAGUAAUGUGAUAGUGCAAGCUGAGGUAAUGCCACCUUUGGCCAGUAAGUACAGCAGGGUAAGAUGAUAGUCAACUUGCAUAUUGUAUGGUGAAACAGGCUCUACAUACAUCUCUGAAUUCAUGGAUGAUAGGCCUAUAAGUUUUUUAUAUACAUUUGCAAACGGCAGUGCCAUUAGGACAUCAAAUAUUUAGUAUAGGUUUAUUAAGACAAUGUCUGGUUUGGGUGUAAAUAAAGCACUUCGGCUUGACAAGGUAAUGACAAAUAAGUUAUCAAAUCAAAAUGGAAUGUCACAUUUGUACCACCAAGUACCAAAUGCAGAUGGUAAUUGGUUAAAACAAACUGUUAAGUUAAGGACUUGUGCUAUUGAUAGGCAGAGAUUGUCUGAAGAAACUUAUAACAGGCCAGCAUGUCUUAAUUAUAGGAUGGUGACAAUGCAAGGAAAAUUACACAAGUAUUUAUCUGUUCUCCUUAAACAAGACUCACGUGCCGUAAGUGUGUUCAAGUGUGCAAAUCAUCAGCUGCCCAUUGUAAGUGGUAGUGAAGGAAUGCAAGUGUAGAAAAGUGGAUCUGUUCUUUAUGUGAUCUUAAUGGUGCAGAAGAUGAAACUCGCUCUUCAUUCAAAUUGCCUUUUUUUUUUUAACAAAUAGCUGAAAAAAUCUGUCAGGAAAUAUUGCUUCACUAAUGUAAAUGCAACAAAAAUAGGGGAAUUCCUUGGAGCGAGAAACGUGACUGUCUUAUUAAGUAGUGUUAAGUUCAUCAAAGAUAUAACUUGUUAUUUUAAAGAAAACUUAUAAGAAGUAAUUGUUACCAGAUAAGUGACGUCUGUAUUUGGUGUGUACAGUAUAACAAUUUGUACUCUCAUACCCCGCCUGGGGUCGCUUUCAAACCUUUCAAGCACACUUCUCAUAUUUGCAAACUUAUAUAUGUAAAUUAACCAUUGCCUUGUAUUUUUUCAUGAACACAAAACUAUUCCUCUCUGUAUUAUGGAAAGUGUUGUGUGAGUAAAUCAAACACAAAAA